AUGGAAUAUCAGAGGAAGCUGCACGAGCUGUCUAUUCUAAGGCGUUGUCCUUUGUUGGAAGAUUUAUGGUGCUCAUCUACACAAGUAGGGUCUGAAGGAGGAGUUGCUCUGUUUGAAGCACUUGGGGGAUAUGAGAAUCUGAAGAAACUUGAUCUACGGGACAACAUGUUUGGCGUAGAGGUUGGCGUCAAGUUGAGCAAGGCUCUUUCCAAACAUGAAUAUCUUACUGAGGUUUAUUUGAGCUACCUUAAUAUGGAAGAUGAGGGAGCCAUUGCAAUAGCUAAUGCACUCAAGGAUGCAGCCCCUUUACUUGGGAUAUUGGAGAUAACUGGAAAUGAUAUUACAGCUGAAGCUUUUCCAGCUCUUGAAGCCCAGGAUCAAGUGAAGGAUAUUGAUAUGAGCGUGAAUUCAUUAAGAGGGGCUGGUGCCAGAUCAUUAGCUCAGGCUUUGGUGCAUAACCCCGAGUUCAAGUUGCUGAAUGUUAAUGGGAACUUCAUUUCUAAUGAAGGUAAUGAUGAGUUGAAGGAUAUCUUCAAAGAAUCUUUGGAAUAG